AUGAGAUUGUCGAAAUUUUGUCAUCCGCACAACCGUUUGGCCAUUAAACUCCUCCGUUACGACCGCAUUAUCACACCUUGGGACACGCCUGAAAGCUGUCCAACGUUUGCCAGAAGAGACCUCUUCCUGUUUAUCAUCAACAUGCGGCAUCGGCUCCUGACACUUUGCUUCAGCUUACACCAUGAUCUGGUAAUCCUCCUAUCAGCCACGAUGCCCAGUGAGGUCCUAGAGGUGACCAAGAACUUUAUGCGAGACCCAGUGCGAAUUUUGGUCAAACAGGAGGAGCUCACCCUUGAGGGUAUUUGCCAGUUUUACGUCAACGUAGAACGCGAAGAGUGGAAGCUGGACACACUGUGGGACAUCUACCAGUCCAUGCCCGUCGUCCAGUCCGUCAUCUUCUGUAAUACCCGGCGCACUGUAGAUCGCCUGAGCAUCGAACUAAUCAGUCGGGAUUUCAUCGUCUCCUCGCUGGUGAGUCCUGUUGCUGUGCACCUUCCUCUGCCCAUCCCCCCCCCCACCUGCCUCCUCUUUCCAACUCGAAUAUGCCUUUCAAAUGCCAAUCACCAUAGCUGUAAGACCUACCACUUUAAUGCUAAAUUAUCCAUGCCAUUCACUGCAGCUGAGCCAGAGUAUUUAGGAGGGAAAUGA